AGUAUUAGGAGAAGUAACACACAUAUAAAGCUAUUAAAUACGAUUAUAUGAGUGAGCUGAUAUAUAAUAUGGCUUUCCGUAAGUGUUUCUAGUUUCCAGAUGUAAAUGCCAGUAAAUGUGUAGUUUAAGGAGCUGCUGAUUUGGUUCUAGGCUUAACUGCAUACCUGUGGCUGCUUUUAAAGUUCCAGCUCAUUCUCCUAUUGCAGAAACUGCCCUGCUUCACUUUCACUGCCCAUAAUUGGCUAUGCUUCCUCCCAUUUUCAGUUUGUGGAGCUCUUUACAAGAAAUGAAAGUGACCCAGCAGCCAAUGGCUCUGCUGCACAAAACUCAGCCAGCCAAUCAGGGUCUGAGAGUGUGUAGGAUAAAUAUAACAGAUCUGCUCCAGUGACUCACACAGCAGAGCUCAGAGCUCACAGCAACGCUAACAUGAGGCCCACUAUGGAGAACAUUAAGAUCCUCUACUUCUCCAAAGGCUGUGAGGAGCCGUACGUGGAGAUCAUCACUGUGCGAAAGUCAGCACGCUCCCAGAGUGUGUGCAGUACCCCGAGUGUGUGUAUGUCUGAGGAUGAGGAAGAAACACUCCCAGCCUUAAACCACACCAGCUACAUCCUGCAGGAGCAUCACAUUGAGAGCCUGGCAGCUCAUCUCCCGCCACGGGUUCAGGGCUGCGUGUGGGAUUUGGUGUACAGCACGGUGCAACAUGGAACCAGCCUGAGAACACUGUACCGAAAAACAGCGCAGAUAGAGCGGCCUGUCCUGCUGCUCAUCAAGGACCUGCACAACCAGGUGUUCGGUGCCUUCUCCUCCCACACGUUCCGAGUGAGUGACAGCUGCUACGGCACCGGAGAGACUUUCCUCUUCACGUUCGGUCCUGAGUUUAAGACGUUCUGCUGGAGCGGAGAGAACUCCUACUUUGUGCGAGGAUUCCUGGAUUCUCUGCAGAUGGGGGGCGGAGGGGGACCGUUUGGGUUGUGGUUGGACGCAGAUCUCUGCCGUGGCUCCACGUUUUCCUGCAACACUUUCAGGAACCAGCCUCUCUCCCCCCACCAGGACUUCACUAUCCAGGCCGUGGAGGUGUGGACCUUCCAGUAAAGACACGCACACAAGCACAGCGGAGCUGAAAGUUUUCUCAGCCGCUCAUUCAGAGUGUCUAACCUGCCGUUCCAGCCCUGGAACAGAGCUCAACGGGUCAGAACAGGUUGGAACACGAUUUCUGACGGUUUGGCACUUUUAGCGGCUCACAAAUCCGUUACGGGAGCCUUCUGAAGACAGGAUGGGCGCCUUCCUGCUCGGAUCAAACACUACUGAGACUGAACUACUGUGUAGUACUGAAUGAUACGCUAACACUGUCGGCUGAACAAAGAACUGUUUACAUUUGUUAAGAUCUGACAUGACUAAAAGGAAUGUAAAAAAAAGAUGUGUACAGUUUUUUCACAAUUAUCAUUUUUACACUUAAUUUAUUUUUGUAUUUCACACUGCAGAUGGGUUUGUGUGUUUGGUGCUGUUGAUCAGUGCUGUUUAAAAUUUGCUUUUUUAUUAAAAGAAAUAUUUUCCUGA